AGCGAAAGUUAUUGGAAAGAGAAAAGGUACAUAGAACGAUCAGCAAGAGACCCAAUAAAAAUACUAAAAUGAGACUAAAUGUUAGACUUAUCCGUAUUCGUGACAAGUUGGUUCUAUGUUUGAGCGCGCUCGCCAUCGUGUUCACGUUAUUGUUAGUGAUGGAUUUACAGAUGGACUUGGGCUACAGUGGCCAUCAUUUGAAUCCCAGCCAUGCUCGAGUCCGAAUCGGUGAUCCGCCGGAGACUGAUACCGUUUACAACAAUUUCCGUCGGAAAUUUCUUCAACGAGGUAACGGCAGUCGCGAACAGACUAAUAACGACGUAACGCCCAUCAUUGAAAAAUCAAAGAAAAGCGGGGUAAUGACAUUGUCAUCGAUAAAAAAGCACGAUGAUUUCUCAGAUUUGAUGGACUUGAUAGUGAACGGGUAUGCAGUAAACGUUGAUGAAGGAGUGGCAAUAAUUAGCAGAGAGGACAGGGAAUAUAAUCCGACGAUCAGAGAAUUGAGAAAGAUGACAUUGAAAACAAUGGGAUAGAUCAUAUUGACACUGAUAAAGAGGAGGAGGAGAAGGAAAGAGGCGAUGGAAGAGGAACUGUGGACCGGAUCGUUCCGCUUUGGAAGAUGCGAAGACGCAUUUCUCUCCCAGGGAAAAGCCAUUUUCUCGGCUCUCCUGCUGUGCCGCCUGUUUACUCCGCCAGCUCAUCUAUAAUUUCUAUCCUCGCUUGUUUACGGUGCGUCGUCUUGCAGCAGCGCGCGGCGUGAUGGGUCAUCCGUGUUUUUAUUUCAACUCAAUA